AUGGGUAUGGGAGUGUGUUGUUCUUUCGUCAUCAGCGGCUGCCCGUGGGCGGCCCUGUGCUGGCUGCCGCUGCUGGCUGCGCGGCUGCCUUUCGUCGGCGCCGCCAGCGGUGCCGCCCCAGUGCCGCGCGCGGACACGGGGAGAGAGCUGCUCAGAAGAUCUCGCGGCUACCUCGACCCCCUCUUCGACUGCGAGGCCGGGUGGUCCGAGUGGCAGGAUGCCUGGACGGCGGACCAGAAGCGGUGGUGCUGCGAGCAGGCGCAGAGGGGCUGCGACCGCAGCGCAGACUCGAGCGGGGGCGAGGCCGACGAAGCCCCCUUCGACUGCACGUCCGGCCAGUCCAGCUGCGCGGAGGGCUGGUCGCCCGAGAAGCUGCGCUGGUGCUGCGAGCAGGAGCAGUCGUGCUGCACAGGGACGGGAGUCGCCUCGCACAACCCCGGGGGCGAGCAGUACGCCGAGGCCUCGGUGGUGCUGAGGGGCGCGUCGGCGGAGCGCGGCGAGCGCACUGGGCAGGCCAGCCUGCUGGCGGGCCUGCCCGACGUUCAGCUGCAGCACAUCCGUCGGUGUACGGCUACCGCAGUGUCGAGCUCGGGCCCGCUGGGCCGGCGGGCGCCUCUCCGUCCGGCGGCGGGGAGGUGUUGUUCGGCGUGGAGGGCAGCUGCCCGGAGACCUGCCCUGGGGGCGCGCCGCCCGAGGGUGCGGCGGAUGUGGAGUUCGCGGCGGAGCUGA